AUGAAUUUUCUUUCUAUUUGUGGUUUACUAUUAGUUUUUACAAAAGUAGAUUGUUUUCCAUCAAAUACAAAUAAUGAAGAUUGUUCAAAUUAUUGUUUAAAUGAUGGAAUUUGUGUUACUCGUGAACAAACUCGUCAAUGUUAUUGUUUACCAGAAUGGAGAGGAGAAACUUGUGAACUUCCUAGAGAAUUAAAUAAUCAUAUUCAAAUUCAACCCGAUCAACAAAUCAAUAGAGCAAAUUCACGUGCUCAUCCAUGUAGUUUAGUUCCAGAUUUAUGUCAAAAUGGAGGAUUAUGUCAAUUUGAAGAGAAAAAAUUUUCUUGUGCUUGUCCACCAGAUUUUAUUGGAACACGAUGUGAACGCGAUUCUCCAUGCAGUGCUAAGAUCGAUUAUUGUAAAAAUAAUGGAAUUUGUACACUGAAAGUAAAUUCAACUGAUCCAGAUUGUAAUUGUAAUGGAACUAAAUUUACAGGAAUGAUAUGUCUAGAUCCUGAAACAACAAUACCACCAACACCACCACCAACAACAACACCUUCUCCAGAAGAGGGACCUCAAAGUAUACUGUGUCAAGCUCUUCAAGACUUUUGUGUUAAUGCAACUUGUCGUAUUAUUAAUGGAGCUCCUAAAUGUCAAUGUCUCGCACCUGGAACUGGAGGCUUUUGUAUUCCAGCAGGUACAGGUCCACAACCAGCAACAAAUGCACCAGGAGUAACAAAUGCACCAGCAGUAACAAAUGCGCCAGGGGUAACAAAUGCACCAGGAGCAACAAACGCACCAGGACAAACACCUCAACCGGGUAUAACAUGUGCACGAAAUCCAUGUCGAAAUAAUCGUCCAUGUUACAAUAAUGGAAAUACAUAUUUUUGUUAUUGUGGUUCAGCUUAUUCGGGUGUUAAUUGUGAAAUCAUUGCUGGAUAA